CAGGAAUUCCUAUAUAACUUAAGUGACACAGUAAAAGCUUUUUCUAUUCUUUUAUUAACUGAUUUAUGUAUCGGAUUCCAUUCACCCCACGGUUGGGAAUUAAUGAUUGGCUCUAUCUAUAAAGAUUUUGGAUUUGUUCAUAAUGAUCAAAUUAUAUCUGGUCUUGUUUCCACCUUUCCAGUCAUUCUCGAUACAAUUUUUAAAUAUUGGAUUUUCCGUUAUUUAAAUCGUCUGUCUCCGUCACUUGUAGUUAUUUAUCAUUCAAUGAAUGACUGAUAAAGGAUCCAUUGAUAUUAAUCUAAUCCAAUUAGAAUGCUUGGUACUUUGUAGUUGUACAUAAGCAAAGUAUUGAAAAUCGUAUUUACUCUUUCUAUUUCUAACCAUCGGGAAAAUUCAUCCUAUAUUAUUCCUAGAUUAUUCCAGCAAAUAGCAGAAUCGUGGCUAGGGAACUAUACUAGCGACCUACCCAAUUUAUUGUAGAAAUUUUCGCGAUCAAUGAUUGGACCAUGCAAACUAGAAAUGCUUUUUCUUGGCUAAAGAAACAGAUUACUCGAUCUAUUUCCGUAUCGCUCAUGAUAUAUAUCUUAACUCGGACAUCCAUUUCAAGUGCAUAUCCCGUUUUUGCACAGCAGGGUUAUGAAAAUCCACGAGAAGCGACUGGGCGUAUUGUAUGUGCCAAUUGCCAUUUAGCUAAUAAGCCCGUGGAGAUUGAGGUUCCACAAGCGGUACUUCCUGAUACUGUAUUUGAAGCAGUUGUUCGAAUUCCUUAUGAUAUGCAACUGAAACAGGUUCUUGCUAAUGGUAAAAAGGGGGGGUUGAACGUGGGGGCUGUUCUUAUUUUACCGGAGGGGUUUGAAUUAGCUCCUCCCGAUCGUAUUUCUCCCGAGAUGAAAGAAAAGAUUGGCAAUUUGUCUUUUCAGAACUAUCGCCCCAAUAAAAAAAAUAUUCUUGUGAUAGGCCCUGUCCCUGGUAAAAAAUAUAGUGAAAACCUUCCUAUUCUUUCCCCGGACCCUGCUACUAAGAAGGAUGCUUACUUCUUAAAAUAUCCUAUAUACGUAGGCGGGAACAGGGGAAGGGGUCAGAUUUAUCCCGACGGCAGCAAGAGUAACAAUACAGUUUAUAAUGCUACAGGAGCAGGUAUAGUAAGCAAAAUCAUACGAAAAGAAAAAGGGGGAUAUGAGAUAACCAUAACGGAUGCGUCGGAGGGACGUCAAGUGGUUGAUAUUAUCCCUCCAGGACCAGAACUUCUUGUUUCCGAGGGCGAAUCUAUCAAAUUUGAUCAACCAUUAACGAGUAAUCCUAAUGUAGGCGGAUUUGGUCAGGGAGAUGCAGAAAUAGUACUUCAAGAUCCAUUACGUGUCCAAGGACUUUUGUUCUUCUUGGCAUCUGUUAUUUUGGCACAAAUCUUUUUGGUUCUUAAAAAGAAACAGUUCGAGAAGGUUCAAUUGGCCGAAAUGAAUUUCUAGAUUCGCAGAUUUAUCGAUAUCAAGUUCGUAAAAAGAACCAAAUUCUUGUUGGCGAUUAUUUAUGAUCAAAAAAAUGAAAUUAUGAAAACUCCUUUGUCUUAUUUAUACUCUUCUUCAAAAUCUACAUACUAUGUGGUACAAGGGAUUCCCAGCAUCUCGUAGAAAAAGAGUAUGUAAUGUAGAAUUUGAAGAAGAGUAUUUGACUUUCAUUAUUUUGAUUUCGUUUUUUUUCAUUGGAGUAGUGUGACUAUGUUACUAUUGACAGAUUUCACUGCCAUAAGGCCAUAAGACGUAUCAAUAGUUUUCUAUUCUAAAUAGAAAGAAAGUCAAAUUUGUCUAAAUACUAGACAUAAGGAAGCGGGGGAUAAAUGCGGGGAACAAAAAAUUCUAGGAGGGAUUAUUUGUCUUCCUAGUCUUCGACACAAGAAAGGGGUGUAGAAAAAUCCUUUUUUCUUGUGUCGAAACGAAAGAGUAAUGAUUCUUGAUCCUGUUUGUUAAAAAUUCCUAGUCUUGGUUUCUAUUUUUCCAGAUGUAUCAGAAACCCUUUACCUUACCCCCUUACGUAUAAUAUACGACGUGGUGGACAAACAAAAAAAGAGAGGAAAUUUUAUUAAUUAAAUAAAACUUCUUCAAUCAACUUAUCUUAUACAAAAAUUGAUGAUGAAAUAUGAAAACAAUAAAAAAUAAAUAGAGUAAUGUAAUAGAGAGAGUAAGGUUCUACAUUAGAUUAGUAUAGAAAGGAUUUGCACGAUAUUUAAUAUAUUCUA